UCCUUUUAGUCUGCGGCACCAAUCCAGUAGAUGGCGGAAAUGCACCAUAUGUUGCUUUGUAAACAACCACAAGAGUUUCAGGCUGCUCUCUGCCUUUUCCAUACGACAAGUGGAUGAUGAAAUGAGCUGUCAAGCUCCAGAAAGUACCAUAACAAUAGCUCACAUGACUCGUGCACAUCUAAGCCUCAUAAAGAUUGCCAUAUAAGAGGAAUAGACGGAUGUCUUGUGCAAUGCAAUAGAUUGCAAGUCUCGUUCCGCUUCUCUUCAAAGAUGGCUGCUUUACGUUGCUCGUAGCGGUACGUCCCAUCAAAGCGUAAUUCGAUUUUUUCCCUGCUAUGGUACGCGUGUGCGCUUUUCCUGGAUGUUUCAACCGAGAGAAAGCAAUUAGACUCCGUCCAACGGCAUCGUCACACAAGGAAAGUUUGAUCUUCCACACAUUGCCGCUGCAUGAUCCAGAGAGACUGAAGCUGUGGCUGCUCGCUCUCAAACGGGAUAUUAACUCACCCAUUGAAUCUGUCCGCGCAUUGAGGGUUUGCAGUGUCCAUUUUUCACCAGACGAUCUCACGGGACCAACUCGACGAUUUCUGAAUUCAACCGCUGUGCCUGGGCAUCAAAUCGAGGAGAUUGUGAGUGAUCCAGACGCCCUGUCGGCAGAUGACUGUGGAGAUAUAAAGGAAGAAGAGGAGGUACAUCUCGCAGAUGAUAUUCAGUCAACUUCAGGAAGGCAAAGGAACCACAGAACCUGCCCUGUACGACGUGGCCAACGUCAGUCAAAACUCAUAUUAACUGUUACAAAUCAGUCAACAUCUCCAUCUCCAUCUAAAUCUGGAACCUACUACGCUCUUCCCCCCACAUGGUACUACCAAGUGAAUGAUCCUGCAGAGAUGGGAAAUCUUGAUGAAAAUGUCAGCAUGGAUUCUACUGCUACUUCAGAAGGCAAUCCUCUAGACAGAGAGGUAAGGAAGAGUGUACUGGGACAAGGUGAGCAUAAGAAUGAAGCCAUUGAAUCAGAGGAUGGAGAGUUCGACGCAGAAGACACAGCACAAUCUCCACAAGAGCUUGUGAUCACUAAAGUUGAGGACUGCAUGAAUGAAAUGGCAGUGGACGAGAAUGAGGAUUACAAUGAGAAGAUGGAAUUUGAUGGACCAGCAGAUGCAGAAACAAAGAAAGCCAAAGACGUAAAUACCAGGACUAAGGAAUCGUCUGCUCUUACGAUCAAGGAUGAACCAAUGGAUGAAGAGUGGAGGAGAGCACCACAGACCCCAGGGAGAAACAUUAAGGAUGAUGAGGAUUUUGACCAAACACCUGAUGAUGUGAUGACAGCUGCAUUGUCUGAUGGAGUAAAUACUUCCAACGUAUCCAUUGGAGAUCCAGUAGACGUCUCAGCCAAACCUAUUCAACCUUUAAAGCGAGCUGGUUUGCUGUGCACAGGCUGUAAUAAGGUCCUGCUGAAGGGACAAACAGCGUUCCAGCGCGGUGGCUCUUCUAAACUCUUUUGCUCACCUGCAUGUCUCAGCAGCAGCAAGACGAAAACAUGUCACUGCUGCCUUAAAGAGAUUUGUGACGGGCAGAACACCAAAUUUGGCCCGGUGGACAUGUCAGGGACUUUGAAGGAGUUUUGCAGUCAGAAAUGCCUCAGUGCUUUAAACUUCAAGUGCAGUGUGUGUCAGAAGACAGGAAGGACUCAUAUUCAUGAAGUGAACUUCAAGGGCUCCAUCCAUAAGCUGUGCAGCGACAGCUGCUUCAACCAGUUCCGCACCUCCAAUAAGCUAAACAUGAACAGCUGUGUGAACUGUGGUGGAUACUGCUAUGGCACAGACAGUCAGUGUCCAUCUCUGCGGAUAGAUGACAGAGUUUUGAAGUUCUGCAAACAAAACUGCCUCCUAGCCUUUAAACAGAGGAGUCUGAAACUUGUCGCCUGCAAAACGUGUCACACCCUGCGCCCGGCUGCAGAUGCGGUGGACAGUCCCAACUCAGUGGGCAUCAGGGAGCUUUUCUGCUCUGCUUCCUGUGUCACAGCGAGUAAAGGCCAGACCAGUUCGUCAGGUAUUCCAGUGGAAUGCAAGAACUGCAAGCUGAAACUAGUACCUCAGUACCACAUAGCCAUGUUUGAUGGAUCCGUUCAGAACUUCUGCUCUUUUUCCUGUCUUCUAGCACAUAAGGAAUCCUUGAGUAAGACCAAACCUAACAACCAGGUGAACAAGGCAACAUCUACAACCAACACAUCUACCACAAAAUCUGCUGCUCCCAAACCUGCUUCAUCAAAGUCCAUCUCCUCAACAAUGACUAGCGCUCCCAGUAGUCCGGUGCAGACAGUCACCAAGAUCCCCUGCUAUCAGUGUCUGAACUUAUUCUUCCACAGACCAGAACUUCUGGAGUUCAAGAGGAAAAUGUAUGCUUUCUGUAGUAAUGCUUGUAUUGAGGAGUUCAGAAGGAUCAACAAUGCAGUGGCUCGCUGUGAAAACUGCAAGCUCAAUAAAACUCUGAAAACAGUGAGGAGGAUAAACAAGGUUGACCGUUCUUUCUGCAGUGAGAGAUGCAAGUCACUCUUUGAGCAUAACCUGUUCAAGCGGUGGGGGAAGAAACACUGUCGCAACUGCUUCUACUGUGACAGCUCCUCAAAGACUGUGGUGUCGGAGGUCUUUGAUGGCAAGCAAGAGGAUUUCUGUGGGAAAGAUUGCUUGUCAAAAUAUAAUUCAUUAAUCCGUCAGGAAAUAAAGUGCUCCAUGUGCAGGCAGGCCAAGAAAACGACCGAGACCGAGAAAUGGCUGGGUGAGAUCAAGCAUUUCUGCAGCCUGCGGUGCCUGAUGUUCUUUUGCAGUCUGCAGGGCGUCACUGGAGCCGUCGUCAAAGCUACAAGCCAAUCUCAAGCCACACAGAGUGCGACUCCAGUAACCUCUGCAGUCCCUCAAAGUACUAAAGCGGGUACACCGGUCAUUGCCAGUGUUGUUUCACUUUCAAAUGCGUCUAACAAACAGCCAGGUGUUCACAGGAACACAGAUCCGAAAGGCUCUGUUCCAGCUGCCGUUACUGUGAAAGUUACAGAACAUAAACAUGCUGUGAAAGCUCCUGUCUCAUCAUCCCAAAUCCAGAAGAACAAGGACUUGCCAUAUAAAUCCAUAAGCAAAAACAAAGCCACAUCCUGUAAACCCCACACGACUGAUGCUGAGACACAAAUAGAUGAAAAGCCUAAAGUGAUAGUGCUGCCUGUGCCGGUGCCGGUCUUUGUGCCAGUUCCCAUGCAUCUCUACACCCAAUACAUUCCACAGUCUGUAGGGCUUCCACUUCCGAUUCCAGUGCCCUUAUUCUUCCCCACGACUCUGGACAACGCUGAGCACAUUGUGAAGACCAUUCAGGAAAUCAAAGAGAAGAUCCCAGAUGACCCUCUGGAGGCUGAACUCCUCAUGAUGGCAGAGAUGGUGGCUGAGGAUACAGAGAUUGAAAAAGGCAUCACAUCUAGUGAUCAGACUGGUAACAUAAUGGAGGACCUCGAUUUUGAAGCCCUAUCCAGCAAUCUGAGUUGGGAGGAGGACUCGGUGUCUUCAGCUCAGACAUGGGAUCAACCCCCAGAACCUGAAAAACUUCCAUCCAGAUCUGCCACACUUAUCCCCGAUCAACCCCCAGAGCCUGAAAGACUUCCUCCAUCCAGAUCUGCCACACUGAUCCCCGAACAACCCCCAGAGCCUGAAAGACUUCCUCCAUCCAGAUCUGCCACACUGAUCCCUGUCUCUACCUCAGCAGAAGAGCCACAGAUGGACCUGGAGGCGGAUUACCCAGUCGAAAGCAUUGAACUUCUCAGAGAGCAAACGCAAAAAGACACUGAUACUGGCAAACGAAGAUCUCGCAAGAGAGGAAACGACGGCUUCCCUCAGAAGAAAAGGGGUCGUAAAUGUGCAUCAGCGCUUCCAAAAAACCUCUCCAAACUGCACCAAGAGUAUGGCGUCAAUGCCUGGAAGGACUGGGUGCGCUGGAGGAACGCCCAACCCAACGUGGAGACUCCCAAAUAUGCCUCACAUUCUAUGACAAUAAAGGAGGACCUGUUGAAGUGUUGCACGGCCGAACUGAGCUACGGCCUCUGCAAGUUCAUCUCUGAAGUUCGUCGACCCAACGGAGAGAAGUACAGCCCUGACAGCGUCUAUUACCUCUGCCUGGGCAUCCAGCAGUUCCUGUUUGAGAACAAUCGGAUGGAGAACAUCUUCUCGGAUCUCUUCUACACCAAAUUCUGCCAUGAAAUGUCCAACAUUCUUAAAGGAUGGAAACCAACUAUAUUACCCACUGGUUACGUUCAUUCUCGUGUGGAGGAGGAGUAUCUGUGGGACUGUAAGCAGCUGGGAGCGUUUUCACCCGGCGUGCUGCUCAACACGUUGCUCUAUUUCUUCACCAAGUUCUUCAACUUCAAGACAGUGGAGCAACAUCGCAGCCUCUCUUUCGCCUAUGUCAAACGCUACUCUCGGGGUCCAGCCAACAGCAAAGUAUCCUACCUGCGUUUCUACCCCCCGAAAGAGGACGAUGGUGUCCCUGUAAAGAAAAGGAAAAAGGAAGAUGAACGGCAAAGAGUGCUAAAGAUACGGCAGAAUACAGACAAUCCUCUCCGCUGUCCUGUCAAGCUAUACGAGUUCUAUCUCUCAAAAUGUUCACCAGGCAUAAGACAUCAUUCGACUAAAUUCUACCUGAGCCCUGAGCGCUCCUGUGUACCCAGCAGUCCUACAUGGUUUACAGCCACCGUGCUGAGUGAUGAGGAUCUGGACAGCAUGCUCACACGUAUCCUUACUGUCAGAGAACUGUACAUGGAGACGGACAAAACACCCACUGAGACCGAUUCAGACUCUGACUCGGACUUCUGAACAUUUUAAUAUGGAAAACUGAGAAAACCUGAACACAUGACUGACUGUAGUUCUGAAUGCUGGAAAGCAAGUGGUUUGUCUUUGUGCAUCCUUGUAACUACAAGAAGAUUGAAAAUGGAAAUCACACAGUUGCUGCGAGUUGCCGCCUUUUGUACUAUAUUUAAACACUAAAGACAUUGACAGCAUCGUUCCAAAAACAGAAGUUGUUGUUCUUCAUUGCAAACCACGUUGGUCCAUAUAGAUUGAAAUGUUCCUGCAAUUUAUUGUAGAUAACUCUUGUUUUUGUUUGUUUUUAUUACAAAAUUAAACUGAUUCUGCAAGCA